AUGGGUCUGACGGUUGGCGCUGUCGAGCUCAAGUUCCCACACGACUCUACACACCGGAAAUCAUCCCGAGUUACCACCGUGGUUUUCCUACUGCACUAUACUAAUCCGCGGAAUGACAACAUCCAAGACUACUUCAUGUCACCUUCCUCGCUGUCACAAAAGGCGGCUGUGGUCGAGAGCGACGGAGCCAUGAUUCAGGACCAAGUCAAUGGCAUGCUCCAGCCCCGGAUUCCUACGCAAGACGGCAUGGGAGGAACCUCGACCGAAGAAAUCCGCGACCUGGACCUCGUUGGCGAAGUCGACUUCUGGGUAGCGGACCGGCUGGAUAGUCCCUGCGAGUGGCUACCGCAUCACGGGACAAAUUCCGACAGCAGCCUAGACCAGCUACAGCUAAACCUGUGCAGCAUCUCCUCAGCAUUGUGUGCAACCAGUAAAGGUCAACUCUCAUUCACCGGCUAUUCCAUGCUCGUCGAGGCAACCGAGUUCAUCUUUGCACCGCAGAGGGCCCGCACGUUUGUCGAAUCCUACUUUGACAACUGGCACCCGCACUGUCCGAUGCUGCACCCUGCAUCUUUUGACUUUGAGCACGCCUUCCCUCCUCUUUCUGCGGCCGUCAUUCUUAUGGGGGCCUCUUUCUCAUCUAAGAAGGCUGCCUUGGCGGCCCAGAUCUGCCUGGACGCCGCAGAGGAGUACAUUUUUGGCCACCAGGACUUUCUACAGCUUGUCCAUCCGGCCUGCGGGGAGAAGCCGGUCCUAGAUGCCACACCUCUUCAGGCGGCGUUCAUUGCUGUUCUGUUGCAGCACUGGAAUAACCACGGUACGGCUUGGAGGCAGAUCCGCCAGUACAGGUAUCCUGAUAUCAUUCGGGCAGCGCGGAACAUGGGCCUCCCAUCACUCAGACACCGGGGUUGCUUGCAUGGUGAGGCAUCGGAUGCAGCUGUAGGUGAGACCUGGGGGACCUUUAUCAAGACAGAGGAGUCCAUUAGACUCAUGAACUACAUCUUCCUCGUCGAUUCUUCUCAGGCCAUCUUUCACCGGACUCGCCCUUUUCUUGCGCUGUCUGAGCUGACUGGCUCGUUCCCGUGCUCUGAGCACAUAUUUGCCCACCGGUCCACCGACUCUCAAACUCUCCACAACCCGAGAGAGUCUUCUGGUGAUAUGACGUCUAUAGUGGACGGUGUUUCUCUCCUUAUGCGGGAAGUCUGGACAAGUGAUAUACCAUCUCCAUUUGGACAACUUAGCUACCUGGGUUUGUUCAUUCUAGUAUCUGGGCUGCAUGAGAUCAUCUUUAGCAGCUAUACCGACUGUUCCCUUCGGGGGACCAAGACUGCUCUGCGCCGAGCCCUUGACAGAUGGAAAUACCUGUGGAAUUCUAAUAUCGAGAAAAUGCGGGAUCCAGAGGAUAUUGGCUAUGGAUUCUUCAGUAAAGCCGAUGAAUUUUGGUGGUUAGCAACCGUCCUCCUUCAAGAGAAUAGCCCUUUGUUAAGAAAUGAGGGGAAGGGAUCUGCAGAUAGCGAUUACAUGGAAAGCAUGCAUGGCUUUUUGAGGAAGUUUGAUGAACUCAGUAUUAAGUCGUCAUAUAGGAAAAUCGACUGA